CACACACACACACACACACACGCACCCACUCAAACGCACGCAGGGAAACGCGCGCCCGAUACAGAUGAUAGGGUCAGGCUUUUGUUGAUUUUGUUUGUUUUGUUCUUUACGCAGACUCUGUAUGUCUUUAGUUAAUGACUAUUCGUUCCAAACCUUGGCGGCACCAACGGGAACGCAGAAGUUCUAUCACGAACACUUAAGAAUUUCAGUAGCAUCGCUCAGUUGUGGCUUGGGGGAGACUGGCUGGCAAGUGUUUGUUCAGUCCCGUGGCGGUGGGCACGGGUGAGUGAUAGCAGGUGUGUUGUUAUGGGCAAAUCAGAAAGUCAGAUGGAUAUAACAGAUAAUAACGCUCCAAAAUCAAAAAAGAAGCUGAGAUGGACAUCUUUAGAAAUUGGGCUUUCCACAUUGGUUGUGCUGCUCUUUAUUGUAGUGAUUGCUCUAAUAGUUUUAUAUGUGACAAACACUGGAGAUGGUAUAUGUAAAACAGCAGAUUGCACACAAUCAGCGGCACGAAUAAUUGAAAACAUGGAUACAAGUGCAGAACCAUGUCAAAAUUUCUACCAGUAUGCAUGCGGAGGCUGGCUGAAAAAGAACAUUAUUCCAGAAACCAGUUCUCGAUACAGCACGUUCGACAUUUUGAGAGAUGAACUGGAAGCAGUUCUGAAAGAUGUUCUUGAAAAACCAUCAACAGCUGACAUCGUGGCCCUAAAGAAAGCAAAAAUGCUGUAUAAGUCAUGCAUAAAUGAAACCACCAUUGAAAAAAGAGGUGGAUCUCCAUUAUUAGAACUGUUACCCAAAGUGUAUGAGUGGCCUGUAGCAACUGAUAACUGGGACAGCAUCUACGGACCAAGAUGGACACUGGAAGAUGCAAUUUCUACACUAAAUUCAAAAUAUGGAAAACAAGUGCUAGUUAACUUUUUUGUAGGGAUAGAUGAUAAAGACUCUAAUGCACACAUUAUCCAUUUUGAUCAACCCAGCCUUGGUCUUUCAUCUCGUGACUAUUAUGAAUGUACUGGCAUCUAUGAAGAGGCCUGUAAUGCAUAUGUACAAUUUAUGACCGAUGUAGCAAUACUCAUACGCAAGGAAAGGAAUUUAACUUUUGAUGAGAAGAUGAUUGAAAAUGAACUCAAGUCUGUUAUGGAACUGGAAAAGCUCAUUGCUAAUGCAACCUCCAAACCAGAGGACAGAAAUGACCCAAUGUUACUUUAUAACAAAAUGGAAUUAAGUGCAAUGGAAAAUAACUUUACAUUAAUUGUUAAUAGCACAGAAUUUCAUUGGACAAGCUUUACUGAGAAGAUAAUGAAUACAGUGAACAUAUCUGUGACGCCACAAGAAAAUGUUAUUGUUUAUGCCCCAGACUACCUAAGAAAACUGAAACAUGUUCUUGUCAACACUGAGAAGAGAACAAUUCAGAACUAUUUGGUAUGGCGUGGUAUAAUGGAUCUUGUUAACAGCUUGAGUCGUAACUACAAAGACACAAGAAAGGCUUUCCGAAAGGCUCUUUAUGGGACAACAUCAGAAACUGCAGUUUGGCGACAGUGUGCAAACUAUGUGAAUGGUAACCUAGAAAAUGCAGUUGGGAGAUUAUAUGUUGAAGAGGCCUUUGCUGGAGAAAGUAAAACCAUGGUUGAAGAAAUGAUUUCCCAAAUUCGAGAAGUUUUCAUUCAGACCUUGGAUGAUCUUAAAUGGAUGGAUCAGGAGACCAAAACAAAAGCAGAAGAUAAAGCCAAGGCAAUUAAAGAAAAGAUUGGUUACCCUGAUAACAUUAAAGAUGAUGCCAAGUUAGAUAAAGAAUACAAGGAUCUAAAUUAUAAUGUCGAAACCUAUUUUGAAAAUAUCCUCCAGAACUUGGAAUUUGGACAAAAGAAACGUUUGAGGAAGCUCAGAGAAAGCGUGGACAAGGAAGAGUGGAUUACUGGAGCUGCCGUUGUCAAUGCAUUUUAUUCCUCAAGCAGGAAUCAAAUAGUUUUUCCAGCUGGAAUCCUUCAGCCACCCUUUUUUGGUAAAGGCCAGUCCAAAUCUUUGAACUUUGGUGGUAUUGGCAUGGUUAUAGGCCAUGAGAUUACCCAUGGCUUUGAUGAUAAUGGUAGAAAUUUUGACAAAAAUGGUGAUCUAACUGAUUGGUGGAGUCAAAAAUCUGCAGAAAACUUUAAAGAUCUCUCCCAGUGUAUGGUCAAUCAAUAUGGAAAUUUUACUUGGGACCUAGCAGGUGGACAGCAUCUUAAUGGCAUUAACACCUUGGGAGAGAAUAUUGCAGACAAUGGAGGAAUCAGACAGUCAUAUCAAGCAUACCAAAAGUACAUUAAAAAGCAUGGAAAAGAAGAAUUGCUGCCUGGCAUUGAACUGAACCACAAACAAUUAUUCUUCCUCAAUUUUGCACAGGUGUGGUGUGGGACUUACCGACCAGAAUAUGCAGUGAACUCAAUUAAAACAGAUGUGCACAGCCCAGGAAAAUUCAGAGUUCUUGGGUCCCUGCAGAACUUUCCUGAAUUUGCGGAAGCCUUUUCUUGUAAGAAGAAUGAUAAAAUGGUUCCAGAGAGAAAAUGUCGAGUUUGGUAACUGCCCAUUCCUCACCAAAAAUAAGAAAAGAAAAUUGCUGCCUACUCAACAGACUGUUAUUUCAUUGCCAUUCAAAGCAUAGAAGAUAAACUGUUCAUCUGUAUGCAAUCAUUGGAACAAUAUUUGUGGUGUCUCUCUCACUUUCAAUAUAAAAACUUUAAUAGCUGUAUUAAAUAGAGUGUAAUGCAACAUAUAAAGCAACACUUUAAUAAUAUAUCAUUUUUUAAAAAGAACAAUGCAGUCUAAUGCAUUGGUUUGCAGAAUGUAUAAAAACCUGUUAUUGUAAACAAACAAUAUUGCAUUAUUCUAGUUAUUUGCUUUUUUAUGAAGCCUUAUUUUGUAAAUUUGGUGUUUAUUGUUUCCAUUUUUUUUUUCCUUUUUCAAUGUGAACAAAUGAGGGAGGGUCUCAAUUACUAGCAUUAUGGAAAGAAGUUUUACUCCACACCAAAGAACUUAGUUUUAGUAUCCCAUGUAAAAUUAAUAACAAUAUUAUACAUAUUUUUAAUU